CCACAUAAGCUCUUUACAUAAACACACGCGAUAUCGUUCUGCUCCUUCAUACUAGCACAGUGGAAAUAAGAAUGUCCAGAAAAAUUUUCAUCAAGGGCAACGCCUCUGCUUUCAUUUUCUUUGGUUCUGAAAUCAAAUAUAUAUCUUCUUUCUGAAAAAAAAAAACAUUAUUAUCAUAGUGUACUUCCUUGUUCUGUACCUUACUGCAUGCCACUUCAUGUGGACGAAGAAGAAGCAGGAGAAUUCUGUCAAAGAUUGAAGGCCAAUCGCCAUCGUCAGUAGAAGGCGUGUGGAACGCAGGCAAACGGGUGUAAGGUCAGGAACAUAGGCAAAGGGCCAUCGUCACCGUUCAACGAACCCUGGGAUCCGUCGUCAAGGUUCUGCCCCAGCCGGGAUCACGGUAUCCUUCCUAAGAUGUUCUCCACGCUCAGCAGCAAUAUUAACGGGCCAAGGGCACCGUACCUCCUAGGACUCGGUGUCGUGGCAUUUGGAGUGUUUAUUAUGUACUCCAUGAAUGUGUCCGAGAGUAUCGAACUGUCCCUGGGAGGCGAAUGGAUGGUCACCAAUGCCAACAAAUCGAUCUCUGUACCCGGUGACAUUCCUGGAGGAAUCUACACAAUUCUUCAAAGUAAUAACAUCAUCCAGGAGCCGUACCACGAAUUCAAUGACGUGGAGUAUACUUGGGUGGCCAUGGACAACUGGACGUUCUACAGGACCUUUGACGUACCGUCGGGAGUGCUCAAGCGCAAGCGGGUCAACCUAGUGGCGCAUGGUCUAGACACUGCCUGCGACGUCAGGGUCAACGGCGCCCUUCUCAUCUCGUCCACCAACAUGUUCGUGCGUCAUGUGGCAGACGCCAAGCAAGUACUCCAGGAGAAAGACAACAAGAUAUCGGUACAGUGUGAGUCAGCGGUGAACUACGCGCGGCGCCAGCACCAGGCACAAGCUAGCUUCUACCCUGUGUACCCGCUGUGCCCCCCUUCCCACCACCACGGUUACUGCCAUGGCAACCACAUCCGGCGCGUCCAGAGCGGAUUCGGCUCGGAACUGGGACCAGCCUUUCCGUCGCAGGGCAUCUGGAAACCCAUCACCCUUGAAUCGUACGAUGAAGUCCUAAUCCGGGACCUGACAGUCGUCCCCACGGUGGAAAUGCUGGAGAACGGGACUGAACAGUGGUCGCUCAGCGUCACCAUCUACACUGAACUGGCGUCCAGCGAGGCGUGGAACGGUUCGCUCCACUUCAGUUUGGACGGACGUCAGUUGGCCUACUACAAGGACGUCCUUAUUGAAACCACAGCGAACCUUGAAGGGAUGCUCUCGUUUGAUUUCAGCGUUCCUAGGUAUUUUAAAAUAAAGAGGUGGUGGCCUAACGGCUACGGUGAGCAGAAUCUAUACACUCUCAAAGUUGCUAUCGGCGUUGCCGGGACAACGUACACCAAAAGCGCCAGGUUCGGCUUCAGAACGGUGCAACUGGUAGAGGAUCUCCUCGGCAGAAGGAAAAACGGAGCGGAAUUCUACUUCGUGGUCAACGAUGUGCCCAUCUUCGCCAAAGGCAGUACUUGGGUGCCUGCGGACAGCUUCCCCGAAAGGGUGUCACUUGAGCAUAUACAGCACCUCCUGCGCUCUGCUAAGAUGGCCCACAUGAACAUGCUCCGCGUGUGGGGAGGCGGGUACUACGAGUCGGACGAAUUCUACGACCUUGCCGACGAGCUGGGCAUCAUGGUGUGGCAGGAGAUGAUGUUCGCAACCAGCCUUUAUCCUGCACACAACAAAUUCCUUGCUGACGUCACUGUUGAAGUCAAGCAGCAGGUUCGUCGUUUACAGCGGCAUCCAUCGAUUGUCUUGUGGGCCGGAAACUACGAGAUUGAGCAAGGAAUUGCUUACAAAUGGUGGCCGGAGAUGCUUCUCCGCGAGAUCCGUCACAAACUCGACUACCGCCUGCUUUUCAUCGACACCAUCGAGAAGAUAGUGAAGGUGGAGGAUGGCUCACGACCUUACAUCCUGUCGAGUCCAACCAACGGAAACGCCAGCUUCACGGAAGAAGGCAUCGGCUUGAACCCUAACACCAGGCGCUAUGGCGACGUUCACCACUUCAACUAUCACGACGACGGUUGGGUCCACCAGAACUACCCAUUAGCUCGCUUCGUGUCGGCGUACGGCUUCACGUCUUACCCUUCGCGGGAGUUGAUGGAAAAGUUCACCGACUCUCAAGACGCGAUUGCGCCAGAGUCAAAAUUUCUGAAGCACCGCGAUCGCAGAACUGGAGGAGGAGAAGAGGCUUCACGUCACUUCCACAAACACUUCCGUUUCCAGAUGCAAUCUGGGGUAAAGGGCUACGAUAUGACCUCAUACAUAACCCAGCUGGAGCAAGCCGAGUCUGUGCGCGUAGCCACCGAGUACUUUCGCCGGAACAGGGCCCGCAUGGAAAACAACUACGGCCACACUAUGGGCGCCAUGUAUUGGCACCUGAACGACAUGUGGCCCGGUCCCAGCUGGUCCUCUAUUGAAUACGGUGGCCGUUGGAAGAUGCUGCACUACUUCGCGCGAAAGUUCUUCAGUCCCGUGCUAGUGUCGGGUUUCCUCGAGUGGAAGUACCUGACGGCCACGCUUAAAGUCUGGGUCGUCAACGACCUGCGCCGCAAUCUCGGACCAGUAACGCUCUCCAUCAAGCAGUACGCUUGGACGCAGUUCGAAGCUGUCAAGGAGGACAUUGUUGAAAUCGAGGACGUGGCGAGCGGGUCGGCGACGCAAGUGUUCGAGAGCAAGCUCAAGCCGAUGAUCAACGAGAGCGUGUGCGACGACGAGCGCUGCUUCCUGUGGUGCACGCUUCGGGACAGCAAGGGUGGCCUGCUGGCUCCCGAGUCGUUCGUCUGGCCCUCCACGCCUUACCUGUCCAAGCACCGGAGACCGGCGGUCUCGAUCGUAUCCAUCUCGCCUCCCAGACUGAGCGCUAUGCGUACUCAGAAGGUGUUCAAGGUGCACUUGAGAGCGAAGAGGAUUGCCUUGUACGUUUGGCUGGAAGUGCCCGGCGUUCAGGGUCACUUCAUGAAGAACGGCUUCAUUAUGAAGGACCGCAACAUGGUUGUAGAUUUCAGAACGACCGAUAACGUGAGCGCCGGAAGACUUCAGGAGAUCAUGAACGUAACCUCGCUCACAGACUACACAAGACUGUCCCGCUGAAAGGAGGCUCUGCAAAUUACCACCGAAUGAGGGAGGUUGCUGCGCUGUGUGUGUGUGUUUCGUGCGCGUCGAGGACUGCCGGACACCACUGCGUUCCAAGCAGCCAGGGAAAAGCUCAGCGAGACAUUUUGUGAACACACUGUAGCAAACUGCACUAACGUAACAGUGUGGACUGCACGCUUCAAGACUGCUUGAGGAAGAGCGCUUUCCUUUGUUGUUUAUUGUUACAGUUGUUGUUUGUUUUACAGUUUUAGUUUCUCAUGUUUAGCCGUUUGUCUGAGUUUUGACAAUGCGAGUGGAUGGAUUUUUUUUUAAGGAAAAGAACAUUGGGAAGCUUGUUUGUUUAUCUUUUUUUUUUCUGCUUGCCUCAUUGUGAAGGAGUGAAACACUUUAUUUCUUGCUA